GCUUAUCCCGGUUAGCUGCGAUCAGCAUGAAGGAGCCGGUCAGUAUCCAGGUGGGAGAGAACUCUGAGGGGAUCAACAAUCUAACUCCGGACCCCACCACAGUCCAGGGCAAGUCGGACCGCUUUGCUGUUCCCGAGAUGCUGCAGCAGCACAUGGUGGUGGUUCCCAGCAAACUAAGGCUGGUCUGCCUGGCAGCCUUCAUCCUGUCCAAGUGCAAGUUUGAGAAGGGUCACAAGAUAAUUGUGUUUGUGUCGAGUUGUGAGGCAGUGGAGUUCCUGCUGAACCUUUUCAACGCCGUGCUCUCUGGGCCAAAAGCCAAACAGCAGCCUCCGCUCAGCUUCUUCCGUCUCCACGGCAACAUGAAGCAGGAGGAAAGGACAGACGUUUUUCAAGAGUUCUCUCUCUGCAAGACUGGAAUUCUGCUCUGUACGGAUGUUGCAGCACGUGGACUUGACAUGCCUCAGGUGACAUGGAUUGUACAGUACAACCCUCCAACCACUCCAGCAGAGUACGUGCACCGCGUCGGGCGAACUGCCCGUAUAGGAGCUAAGGGAAGCAGCCUUCUCUUUCUCACCCCUGCUGAAAUGUCCUAUGUCACUUCUCUAGCAAAUCACAAUAUCAGCCUGUCUGAGAUGAAGAUGGAGAUGAUUCUGUCAACGCUAAUGCUUGACGACCGCUUCAAAGUCAGGGGAAAGUAUGACGGCAAGAAGUCUUCCGGGGCUCCGGAGCAGGAGGUGCAGGAAAGAGCAACUGUCCUACAGACGGAGUUUGAGAACGUUGUCCAUAACGAUAACAACUCUGUCCAAGCAGCCAAGAGAGCCUUGCAGUCCUUCCUACGGGCGUACACUGCCUACCCAUCUAACAUGAAGCACAUCUUCCAUAUCAAAGCCCUGCACCUGGGCCACGCCGCCAAGAGCUUCGGCCUGAGGGAUGCCCCACAGGGCCUGGUCACUGCCCCUGCCAAGGGCUCCAACAAAGACAAGGGACAGGCCAAGGGCAAGAGACCUCUCAAGAAGUUUAGCACUGAAGAGCGGGUGGCCAGUCUCACGCGCUCCGAAUAUGCCAGUGGGAUUGAUGGAGACUCCGCAGCCAAAAAGAAGAAGAAGAAGAAAAGCCAAGCCAACGGAGAGGAGGACCGAGUGGAAUAGCUGAAAGGUUAUCCCCACUCACCCAGGACAGCUCUCCUAACUCCUAAACCAAUCUCUUGUCCCUAGCAGCUAUAGUCUAGACAUGUUUGUGACGGCUCCUCAUAGAUCUAAACCGAUCAAAUUAUAGUUGAAAAGGUAAUAACUCCACCUAGCCCUUUUUAGAUUAGGUGGAGUAUCUGUCAUUUAAUAUUCCUUACGCCCAGUAUCUUCUCAUCUAAAAUGGUGCACCUAGAACAGGUGAAGGGGUUCUAGGGGUUGAUUUGUGAUUGUGCUGGUUGUGUAGCUUAAGGAUGGGUGAAUUCCAUCCUUACCAUAACUGUUUAACCAUCUACCUUUGCACAAUCACUGUGUGUCUACAGAAUUGAUCCUAGAGCUGUGCUUGACACAAAAACCCCAAGUAUGGGGCACCAGAAGUUGACAUAGUGAGUAUAGUGUUUUUCUUUAGCAGUUCAGAACAGACUGACAGUCUCAGGUUGUGUGUAUUAUUUUAUAAUGAAUUGUAUGGUGAGCCACGCACCAUGGUCUAUCACGUCGACACAAGUUAAGUAUGUCACCGUUUCAUGAAAAGAGUAUGGUUGUUCUCCAGAAUCUCAGAAUUGUAUUUUCAGCUACUGCAUCGAUAGGAAUGUUGGUAUACAUCUGUGUGGAUACGACUUUAAAUGAACAUUUUUAAUUUUGAAAAUACAUGUCUGGUGUUGAAUUUGAUUCAUAAAAUAAACCCAGAUCACGGAAAGUGAUAAAGGUAAUGAAACAAAAUGCAUUAAUGCGAUCUAAAAUGUUUCCGAAUGUCAGAAAUCAUAUAAUCAAAGUAUACAAAACAUUAAGAACACCUGCUCUUUCCAUGACAUGAGAGGUGAAAGCUAUGAUCCCUUAUUGAAGUCACUUCAAUCAGUGUAGAUGAAGGGGAGGAGACAAGUUAAAGAAGGAUUUUUAAGCCUUUAGACAAUUGAGACAGGGAUUGUGUAUGUGGGCCAUUUAGUGGAUGAAUGGGCCAGACAAAAUAUUGAAGUGCCUUUUGAACUGGGUAUGGUGGGUGCCGGGCGCACUGGUUGGUGUCAAGAACUGCAACGCUGCUGUUUUUUUAAUGCUUAACCUUUUUCCAUGUGGAUCAAGAAUGAGCCACCACCCAAAGGACAUCCAAGCUUACUUGACACAACUGUCAAAAGCAACUCUAUAUUAGGAAGGUGUUCCUAAUGUUUGGUAUACUCAGUGAAUAUGACCUCAUGUUCCGAUAAAACAAAAGAAAAUUACAAGUGUGAUCUUUAAAAAAAAAACUUUUCACGUGUUUUUACAUUGCUACUUUUUCCAGGUGAAUACAGUCUUACAAAUAGGCUUUUUAAAAAACCCUUAUUUAACUAAGCAAGUCAGUUCUUAUAUACAAUGACGGCCUACCGGGGAACAGUGGGUUAACUGCCUUCAGGGGCAGGGGGCAGAAUGACAGAUUUCUUUGCCUUGUCAGCUUGGGAUUCGAUCCAGCAACAUUUCGGGUACUGGCCCAACGCUCUAAUCACUAGGCUACCUGCCGCUAUGGUUGGUUGAUUGGUAUGCUAUACAGGUAUUGGCGUUUGUGGGCUUUUAUUUUCAUAUGUAUCAAAGUUUAAUUCUGCAAUUUUAGCAGAAUAUUUUGUAAUACUUACACAAAUUACUGAAAUGACAGGCUAAGAAUGGACAGAGAUAGACCUAUGUGUUUAUCUUAUCAUAUUUAUCCAAUGCCUAAUCAGUGUGUCUUGUUUGUAAUGAAACUGUCCCUGUUUGCCAAAAAAUAAAAUCUGAUAUGUCAUUAGGAAUCUGAGCAUGGUACUUUCAAAACUUAGUCUUACAUUUCAACCACAGACAGUCGGACGACCGAUGCAGACCUUCUUUUCCACCAGUCGGUCUACCGAUGCAAACUUACGCAAACAAGGGGUUGGCCUGUGCUUUUUGCCAUUUUCUUUAAUAAAAAGUAGACGUAUGGCAUA